GUCAGAAAUAAAUGAAAGCAAAGUGGCAAAAGUGAGACUCGUAGCACUAGUAACUCAGACGAAUUUUCUUUUAUUCGUCUGAGACUAGUAACAAAAAACCAAAUAGACCAAAGACUAAUAAGAAGGGUUAGUGUUAGUGACGAGCCAGCUGGAGUUCGGACACAGAAAUGAAUACAAACUGUUGUCCCUGAUUUAUAGAUAACGGGAGUACUUUCGUUACAUGGCACCUAUUCGUGAAAAGAUAUUCUCCAUGUCAACUGAAAAUAGUGAAAACUUGUAUAGUAAUAAUUGCCAGCUGAAUUAGUUGCAAGUUAAAACAACACAUAGGUACCAACCUAGUACCUACCUAUUUUACAUUGAUAUGGAUAAUUUCCUGGAUGAUGAAUCUAUAUGUAAAUUGUGUUUGAACUUGAUGAAUGAUGAAUAUUUCAUUAUUGAUAGCUUAAUAGUACAGAAACUACAGGCCUUUUGCUCAAAUGAGUCUUCUACCAUCAAGUUUACCCUACUGAAAGACUUUCUAAUGUGUUAUACAUGUUCCAAGCUGUUACAAAAAUUGGACAACCUUCUAUAUAAGGAUUCCAAAACUAUCCAGAGAAAAAAUACCAUUUUAGUAGAAAAUAAACAUUCACUGGGAAAUUAUUCAGAAAUAAAUUUGUCCAGUUCACUGAGAUAUCCUGAAAAUGCUUGCAAUGUUUGUUGUGGAUUUAUUAUUGACAAAUACCAUGUCAUUUCCAAUGAUGGUAUACAAAUGUUUGAUAAUUUGGGUGUUUCUGUUUCCUCAGGCUCCAAAGUUUGCCAGGAAUGCUUUGAUUCAAUUUAUGAAUUGAACAACUUCAAAGUUGCAUUCAUUGAUAUUCAAAAUUUCAUCAGGGCUUAUUGUGAAACAUUUGAUAUUUCAAAUGAAUCAGAGUUGAAUUUGAGUCAUGUUAAAUUUUGUAAGACUUAUUCACACCAUCUUGAUCAAUUAGAUGCAUGUUCAGAAGAUAAUUCAAUUAAAAUAGAAGAAAAUGACCUUGAAGAGAGUAAUGCUGAAAACUUCAACAUAUACAGCUCAGUUGUGGAAGAUUUAGAAAAUCAUUUGAAAUACCAUGAUGAAUUCCAUGAAAAAGUUGAGUAUGGGUCUUCAGAAUGUGCAUACAAAUCAGAAUCACUGGAAAGUCAAAAGAACCAUUCAGCAUGUCACAUUGAAGAGGAUAUUGACUCUGAUCAAUAUUCAUUCAAAUCAACAAUGAACAGUAAGUAUAAUAGUUUUGUCAAUUUUCUUACUAAGGAUUUUCACAAUUCCGCACCUAAAAACCAAGACAUAAUAACUCGCCUAAUAAUCUGAUAAUACCGAUUUCAUUUGGUGACGACUCAAAGCGAGGUAUGAAAAAAUGAACGAGUAAAAUAUAAAUACUGUCUAAACGAGGAGAGAAAAUCCCAAAAAAUCUGGAAUAAUGAAAUUUUUAUUUAAGCAAAGCAAAAGGGCAUUCUCAAGACACAUCUACUCAUCCAUGAGGAGCCUGAAGAUCUAAAAAUGUUCAAGUGUCAUAUUUGCGAUUAUAAAGCAAAGCAAAAGGGCAUUCUCAAGACACAUCUACUCAUCCACGAGAAGCCUGAAGAUCUGAAAAUGUUCAAGUGCCAUAUUUGUGAAUAUCAAGCAAAGCAAAAGGGCAUUCUUAAGACACAUCUACUUAUUCAUGAGUGGCCGGAAAAUAUCAAAAUGUUCAAGUGCCAUAUUUGCGAAUAUCAAGCAAAGCAAAAGGGUACACUCAAGACACACCUUCUCACUCAUCAGAAGCCGGAAGAUAUCAAAAUGUUCGAAUGUCAUGUUUGCAAAUAUCGAGCAAAGCAGAAGGGAACUUUGAAGACACACCUGCGCACUCACCAGAAGCCUGAAGAUAUCAAAAUGUUCAAAUGUGAAUGUUGCUCUUACCAGUCUAGGAUAAAAAAUAGUAUUCGGAGGCAUUUUCUCAAGCAACAUUCCAAGGAUCAUGUGUCUGCAUUAUUAUUCAAUUGUCAUCUGUGUGAAUAUAAAACGAUGAAGAAGAAAUGUUGGAAAAGUCAUUUGCUGAAGAUUCAUAGGAAUGCUAAGAGCAAUUUGGAAUGAGGCUUUGUAAUGUAUUCUUACCUUUUACAAUAUAUCCUUAGUUUUUACAAUGUUUCCUUUGCUUUUACAAUAAAUUGAUUCCCUUA